UAUGACAUGUCCUGAAACGGUGAGUACUGGAAAAACUAGUGGAAAAAUGUAGAAACAUUGCAGUCGACCCUUCUUCGUAAAAAUGUGAUUUAGGGGGGAGUCUUUACUUCUUACCUUAACAACUUUAUGUAGUUUAGAUUACUAUUAAUCUUGGGCUUGAGACAAUAUCAGUUUACGAUAAGCGUGAUUAGUGUAAACUGUGAGGCAAAGUAAUUAGUAUAAGAAUGACUGAAUGAUUAGCUUACUUCUUGUGACUAUUAUCAUACAAAUUCGUUAUUUUGUCAAAAGUUGUUAUUCAUCUAGAUGAAUUAUUUUUUAUAUUUGGUUUAAUAAAAUAAAUAGAAAAAAAAUAGAAAUAUAUUCUGGUAUAGUUAAUGCUACUUAGUUACCUUUGAGAGUGAUAUUUAAUAAAAUUAAUGAUAUUCGCUCUAGCAUACUUUGGUCUUUGAUCUAUGACUUUUUAAUAGAAUUGUAGUCUGCAGACUGUGUUCUAUUUUUAUAACUCUGUGGACAGCAUUUCGCAGUUUCGCACCUGCGCAACAAAAAUUCAAAAAUCAAUCAACCCAAGCGGCGGACGACGGCCCUGCUUCGCGCUAAAUCCAGGAUUCUUUUGAAGUUUGAAAAUGCAAACCACUUAGAUACAUUUAAAACAGUGAAUCGAGUGUAGUACCUUUUUUCGAAAUUAGAGUAUUGUAGUAAGUCCCAAAAGAACAAAGCCUUGUCUCACGCUUUUUUAUUCUUGGUUUGUCAAUGGUCACCAAAUUUCGUAUUGUAUUGAAAUAAAAGCUUAUUAAUAUAGAUAUUCGUUCGUGAUAGCUUAAACAUACACCGGUGAGUUUUAUUUAAACUUAUAAAAUACCCAAGUCCCAACUAAUGUGCUGGACCAGAUAAAACAUCUAAAAUGAGUACAAUAGUUAUUAAUAAAAUUGAAAACGAGGUUGAAAAAACGUUGGAUAAAAAGCAAAUAGAGGCUGAGGAAAAAGAAGUCAUGCUAAAAACUGAAGCGGAUAACGAGGAUGACGUAGAGUUGAGGCGUGACGGAGGGUUCGUCAAGACGGCAUUGUCGGGGGACAUCACAGAACAAGGACGCGAAGUCAAACCCAAGUUUAUUCCUAUUGGCGCAAUUAAAAUGCCAGGAUUUUUUACAAGAAACUCAGACAGAGAAAAGUCCAAGGAAGAAGAAGCAAUUGAAAAGGACACAGAGACAGAAAAAUGUCAAGAUCAAAGGGAUGGAGAUAGUCAUCCAAAGAAUCACUUCAAGCUUUUACAAAGUUGGCCUUUUACAAGCUUUUUACAAAAUUCUCAUAAUGAUAGUGAAGGUAAUGCUGAAAAAAGCCGAAGCUUUGCCAUUUUCAACAGCUUGAAGUAUCCAAAAAUGUUUAACAAGCAAACUCGUAAAAAUGCUGAGGCUACAUUAGCAUCUAUGGAGACACUGGAAGAUAAACUUGAUACCACAAAUGAUGGAAUGGAGAAUAUCAAAUUAGAUGUAGCUGAACCUGAGGAUGGAAAAGUUUCUACAAAAUUACCAUUGAAAGAGAGGAUUCGUCAGAAAAAAAUCAUCAUCGAUGAUAUAGUGGUAUGUGUGGUAGUGUUGCUGGUAAUCCUAGCAGUGAUAAUUGGCGUUUCGAUCGGCGCUCUUGCAGGGCCACCCUCAGAACGCCCGCUCAGACUUGGUAAAUUUAUCACCACUCAAACCACUUGUGGCCUAGUGGAGGGACUAUUGGACGAAGGCGUCUAUAAGUUUUACGGCAUUCCAUACGCUUCGCCACCCAUCGACGAGAGAAGGUUCUCGUACGCGCAACCUCUCAACAACCUUUCCUUGUGUUGGAACGACACCCUUAGAGCUCUCGAGCCCACUCCCAGGUGUAUGCAGUUCCUCGAAAAUAGGACGAUUAUUGGCGAGGAAGACUGCCUGACCCUGGACGUCGUGACGCCUCACGUGAGGUACGAUUCGCCUUUGCCCGUCGUGGUUCUCAUCGGCGCGAACACUCUAGCCGGAGGCGUCAGCCCCGCCCGGCCCUCCGCCCUCUACGCUCGCACCAAAGAGGUAGUCUUCGUUCGACCCAAUUUCCGACUCGGAUCUUUCGGCUUUCUAGCUCUCGAUAUCAUCUCCAAAUCUCGGUACCCGGAAACCUCCGGCAACUACGCCCUCAGUGACCUCGUAGUGGCCCUUCAAUGGAUAAAAUACAACAUCAAGCAUUUCGGAGGAGACGCCGAAUCGGUGACGCUAUUGGGACACCGCGCCGGGGCGACCCUCACCGCGGCCUUGACCACGAGUAAAAAGGCCCAAAAACUAUUCUCCCGGGUCUGGCUGUCGUCCGCCUCGGUGAUAUUCCCGGGCGAAGCGCUCGAACUGUCGGAGAGAAACAACGAAGAGUUCAAACAGAUGAGCAAAUGCGACGACAUCGACUGCCUCAGAAACAUGUCUCCGCUAGAAAUUAUGUCUUCCACUCCCGUGACGUGGCUCGGCACCAGCGCCGAGCUAUUGCCCUUGUUCGGCGAAGACAAACGCUCCUGGCUGGUUUUGGACGGAGAUUUAUUGAGAACUCACGCCUACGAGAGCUGGGACGCCCAAAGGGAAGCCAAGAAGGAGGGAAAGGAGAAAGUCUUUAAACCGAUGGUGUUCGGGACGACCCAACACUCCGGCCACUGUGAAUUUUUGAAUAUGAAGAACGCCGACUGGACGGCGGAGGCCUUGGAGGACAUUGUGAACGAGAGCUACAUCGGCAAAAAGAAUUUAACGGCGACCGUAUUCAAGCACUUCAACAAGACGUACGAGGGCCUGGUCGGACUGAUAAGUUCGAUACGCACUCUGUGUCCGUUAGUCACUUUGGCGAGAAUGCGGCUCGCAGCGCCCAUGUACGUGGUCCUCGGCUCUGGACCCGGAGGAGGAAUUAAUGGUACGGGAAUCGCCGGAGUCGACUCCGACGUGGAAGCCAUUCUGGGCACCUUCGACUCCGAAGUGCCGGAGCAGCGUCGUUACAUGGCGGCCAUGCAGCAGCUGUUCUACUACUACGUGUGGCACGGUCGGUUAUCGGGCCCCGAGAGCGGCCUGAUCGCCGUGGGGCAAGACCUGCUGCCCCACCUCGGACUGCCCGUCUGCGACAUGCUCAUCCAGGAAGAUCUCGUCCCGAGGUACGCUCAUAUCGACUGAAUAAUUUUAGUUUUUUCGUUUGCUUUGACAGUUUUUAAUAUUCCAGUAAUCUAGUUCUAAGCGAAAUUUAGUUUGCACUUAUUAGUUCAACUUGCCAACGAGAUCUUCUAAGACUUAAGCGUUAUUUUCUUAUUGUAGAUUUGUUUAGAUUACUAUUUUUAUCCGUCGACGUUGACGGUGUGACGUGUAGCGAUAUUAACUUUUGACUAAGAAGUGUUUUUUUUUAAGAAUUGAAACUUCAAGUACAAACACUGAUUAUUUCGAUUUAUUGUACUCUACAUAAGACUGAUUGUGAGUUUAUGAAAUGGAUCUCUACAGAAACAAUCUCAUCAGUGAUAAUAAAAUGUUCAUUUUAUUUAAGUAUGAUCGGUUACCUUACUUUUUAUAUGAUGAUGAACUCCCGGGGUCUAACUUCACAAUACUAGACCCCGCGUACAUUAAACAUAGUUUUAUAAGAUAUUCGAUAAGUUUGUAUUUUUUAUGUUUAACUCACUUUUGUAGCCUAGUGGGCAGGAUUACGUAUAUAAAUGUAAUUUAAUUUGAAGUCUGACUUUCCAAAGAGUAAUUUUUAUAGCAUUUGUAUGAGCCAUAGUGAUAGAGUUUCGUGUGUCGUAGUCAUUAAAAUAUACAUAUCUUGCACAAACCUUUCUCAUAUUUUUGUACGAGACGUGUGUAUGUGUAAGUUGUACUAGUGUUGCAUUUAACAAUUAUGACCAAAUAACCGCUUCGAUAGUUUUUACCGGUGAAGUGUACGCUUUGCAUUUUUAUACCAAACUUCUUUUCUACGUGUGAAUAUUAAAGAACAGGUAUAGUUAUCAUUAAUAUACUGAGCUGAUAUCAAAACUGAUUAUGAUAAUUUAGUGUUAAUGCGUAGUUGUAUACCAUCGCUUCGUUGUGUAAAUUGGUAUGUCAGCAAUAAAUGUUUAAGACUGGAA